AUGAGUUUCUUUGCGUGCUACCUGUUGACGCCGGUGCAGCCGCCCCAGCGCAUGCGAUGCACCUACUUGGGCUUCACCGUGUCCCCUGUGCGUCGAUUACGUCAACACAAUGGCGAACUUGUCAAUGGCGCCAAGCGGACGCGCAGGUACCGGCCAUGGGAGAUGAUUGUGAUCGUUCACGGGUUCCCAAGCAAGUACCGAGCCCUUCAAUUCGAGUGGGUAUGGCAACAUCCUUUUGUAAGUAAACUCACCAAGUCGCAACUGAAUUUUUUACGCGGGUCAAGAGGAUUUGGAGCUCCUCAAUCCGUGAAGAGAAAGUUAAUAGAAGUGCUGGAGAUUGUGAACGUGGAACCAUUUAAAAGCCUAAAGCUUACCGUAAGCUUCACGAGCAACGAAGUACACAGUAUUGCUCGCGGAUUAGGGGCGAGAUAUGGUUGUGUGACAUGCGAAACACGCGCCUUGACUACUUUUGCAGGUGCUGGAAAGAAGGUUAUGCUACCGACAACGUCAACGUGUUAUAUCUGCGAGAAUAAUCUGCAUGCUGAAUUGGAAGAUGGAGAAGAAAUACGGCACGAAGAAGCCAUUAGGUGCUACUAUGAACAAUGUGAGAUGUGGUGCCAUUUAUUGUGUCUAGCAGAUCAUUUCCGGUCAAUGAACGACGAAGAGGGUGAGACACAAGAUCUGGUUGGGAGCGGUGAAUGUCCGAAGUGCCAGCAAACUUUGCAGCUAUCGGUAAUGUCGCGGCGUCAUGGAGAAACCGUAAUGAAAGCAAAUACAAAGAGCAAGGAAAGACAGAAACAAAGUUGGGGGAGACCGCGAAGUGUAAGACGAAUCGCAAAUGACGACUUAUCGAAGUCUGAUACUGUUGUGGAACCUGAAGAAAGAGUCGCAAAAGAAGGAAGCAGUCAAGCGCGCAUGGUUGCGGUCAAUGUUGGCCCGUCAUUACCGCCGGAUGAGUUUGUUGCUGCUGAAUAUGACUCAGAUGGCUGGUUCGAAGACGAAGACAUGCAUUGUCUUGAUGGUAGUAACGGCGAUAUGAUGGCACUGCACAGCCAGCGUUCGAAUAGCUUUGGAGAUGUUCGCGAUGCUCAAACGGUCGUGCGUUGCAAAACCGAAACGUUACUGAUCGACUUGACCGAAUAG